GUUCUUCUGGUUUCUGUAAACCUGGGCAGUUUUUCUUCUCAUGGGUGAGUCUGAGGCAGUGUUGGCAGUGGUUCUUCAGAUUUUUAUAAUCCAGAAAGACAAGGGUUUCAGAUCCUGUGGAGAACUCUACAAUCGUCUCUUUGGUGAUAGGUUGGAGUCCCUCGAUAAGAACACGCACCUUCGCAAAGUCUGAGGAAAUAUCUAAUUCCAAGACUUCUCCAAUCUCUUCACCUAUCGUUUGGAGCAUAGUCGGUUGCCAAAAGUGCUUUGGGAGACUUUGGACUUCUACCCAAAAAGGGAUUUGCGAGGGGAAAGAGUCAGAGAUUGUUGAUUCCCAUCGUUGGAGAAUGACCAUCCACUGGUCAAAAUGCAAAGGUUCCAGCGUUUCUCCAUGAAGGGUAGAAGAGCCCACAUAAGCUGAUCCGAUGGGUUUGUGAGGCGUCCAAUGAGGGGAUUCUGUUAUUCAUGGUACCAAGCUUUUGUUUGGAGGAACUCAACCGGAGUAAGGGCAGAUUGGUAUAGAGAUGGUUUGAGAUGAUUAUUCUAGCGUCAAAAAUAUGAGGAGGGGACUAGUAAUCUGGUAAGGCGCAAGAUUAUGCGGAGGAGGAGGCCGACAGAAGCUUACUUGCGUCCAGUGAAGGGAUUGGUGUUUGGGAAUUUGAAAGUGGGGAGAUGCAUCAUAUCCCGUAUGUAAAGUUCCAACGGUUGGGUAAGACCAGCAAGAAUUACCUUUUUUUGCUAAAAAGAAGUAGAUGAGAUCCGAGUAAAAACUUGCUUCAUAGUACUUCGGUGGAAACACUGGGACUCGGUGCCUGGGAGAGUUUUCGGUUUUUUCUAUCUCGAUCGAAUUUUCCACUUAAAAGGAAAAAUCAUCCACACAUGUAUAACACAAUCAUGUCCUAAUAUUUUUUUAAUUUUAAAAAAAAAUCAGUUUCCCAAAAUUUGUAAUAAUUGUUUUUUUUUCCAUGAUUUAUUUAAUUAAAUGACCUCUUUAAAUGAUAAAACCCUAAACCUUUUCGAUUCCAAGUAAUUUCUCUCCAUCGUCUUCUUCGCGCUCGUCUGCUUCCAAUUUCAAGUCUCGUUUUCGUAUAACAAUGGCUAAUCGCGAAGAUUCUUCCUCACCGGAGAUUCGCUGCGUCUUUGUAGAAACCAACCUCGACACUCGUCUCGCGUUACCCAUACAUAAAGAUGAAAUCAUCUCCGAUUUCAAAGACAAAUUGCGCAAGGAGCAUAAACAAGCUUUCCCUGAAAUUGGAGAAAUUAAUGUUUCUGCCUUGAAGAUUAAACGACGAAGAAAGUUUUAUCAUUUCUCAGAAUCUAUGAAUGUGUAUAAGGCAUUUUAUGGGAUUAGUAAAAACUGGUUUAUGUAUGUUGAUGCUGUAAGAGUUGAGAAGGGUGAGGUCCUGACUAUAAUGGCUGCUGAUGAUAAUCGUUCAUUGGUUGAGAAGGAGAAGGAGAUUGCUAAUGGUUCACUACUUGUUGAUGGUAUGCAUUCUAAGGCCUUGGUUCUUUACCAAGGUUUAGAAACCCAAGUAGUUGAGAGGAAGACGAGGAAGAGGAAGAUUACAAGUUCGGAUGAGAAAACUAGUCGAAAGAAAUCCAAGGUUGAUCUUCAUCAAUCUAAUGUUAGUGCAACCGAGUUAUCGAAGGUUGCCUCUCAAUCUUGUGUUGUUUCACCAAGAGAAAAGCUAGAUGGUAUUCUUAUGGGAACAGACAUUGAAAGCGGCGAGAGAAAUGGCGUUAGUAUGGGAGAGAAUCAGCAAACUUCUGAUGCGGACAGGCUAUUGGAAGAGAAAAUUCCCACUGUCAACUCAGAGCUUGUAGAUGGGCAUACCAGGGGUGAGAUGGAGGAUGUGCCAGACAAUCAAACUGUUAAAGAAGCUCUAGAAAAGCUAGAUGAUCUUACGGGAGCAAUAGAACAAGAUACUGAAAAGAGAGGAGAGAUUGCCGAUAUAGUCAUGAUUGACCAAGAGAAGGAUCUUCCACCUCCUUCAGAACUUGUAGAUGGACAGAUUACAUCACAAGAUGAUGAAAGAGGUGAGGGAAGCAGAUUGACUCCAAGUGCUGUCGAUAAUGUUCAAACUGCUGAAAUGGUGACUUACGCUGAAAACCAGUUGGAAGCUAGCAGUAGUUUGACAACUGGUCUAGCUACAGAGAAGAAGAGAAAGCGAACGAAGAGCUCAAAAGAUCACAUCAGUCAGCCUCCUGUUACUGCUGCUACCGAUACUGCUACUGAUAAUACUACAGCUUCAAGAGAAAUUGUGAACGAGAGAAAUGGACUACCUGGAAAUGUAGUACGUGUUGAUGCUACUUCUGAAUCUUAUCCAAUCCCGAGAAGAGGAAAUCUUGGCAAAGAAAAUGAGAUGGGUGAGAAGAUUAAUGAAGAUGUGGGAAGCGCAAAAGCUAAACCAAGUUCUGUAGAUAAUAUCCAGACCGAUAAUUUGGUGAGCUACCCAGAAAGUGAGUUGGAGAUUAGCAGUGGUUUGACAACCGGUCCAGCUACAAAGAAGAAGAAAAAGCAAAAGAAGUCCUCAAAGGAUCGCAUCAAUAAAUCUACUGCUACUUCUGAAUCUAUUUCAAUCUCGAGAGGAGAAAAGCCUGCCGAUACUCUUGUAGACGCAAUACAAAAUGAAACUGAGAUGGGUGACAAAUUUGUCAACAAGGUGGGAAGUAGCGAAGCCACACUUAUCGAUGCUGAUAAAAUACAAGAUGCAAAUAAUCUAGAAGUUGCUAGUUUGACGAGCACCCCGACUGCCUUGGUCCAUGAAUCCAAAACGCUGGACCACAUUCCGAAAUUUACGGAUGAAAACACAUCUCGUGAACAUGAAGUUUCUAUGGAAAAAGGUGAAAUAGAUGCUGAUAAGGCUAAAUCCGUGAAGUCUACUAAGAAGAAAAGUUCAAAAAAAGUGAAGACCCCAGCUAAAGAAGACACUCUAGUAGAUUCUGGUGCACAGAAUGUUGUAGAUGGAGAGGGGGCUGAGAAUGUUAUCAGAAAUGUUUUAGAUUCUUUGCAUCAAAGGAACGAAGUGGAGGAAAAUCUAACCAAAAGUGAGAAGAAAUCAAGCAAGAGAUCGAAGAAGAAAGACUCUUGGAACUUUGUGGAGGAGGUCGAAGUAGUAGAGUCUUUGCAGCAAAAGAACGAAGCUGCAGUAAAUCUUGAAAAAAGUGGGAAGAAAUCAAGCAAGAGAUCAAAAAAGAAAGACUCAUUGAACACUGUGGAGGUUGAGGCCCAAGUAUUGUCAGUUGAGGUAAACAAUGCUGCUCAGGUUGAGGCUUCUUCCGUCGACAGCCCAAAAGACACUGAUGCAUCAUUCACGCCAGCUAAGAAGAAUACUGAGAGCAAUGCUUCACAGUUGAAUAAGAUUGUUGAGGUCGACGAUACUAAUGAGGAUAUCAACCGUUCCAUGCAAACUCUAAAAGAGAACGUUGAUAUGGGAGACAAUUUUGGUUCUAGCCAAAAGGAUAAUAUUGUUGGUGAUGGUAACAAGAAAGAUCAAGUGGCUGGUAGAACUAAAUCUAAAAAAGAGAAGAAAAGCCUUUAUGGUUACAUUGAUGGUGCAAUUAAACAGAAAGGCGCAGUCAACAAAAAGAAGGAAGUUGUGAAGAAAUGCUCUACCCCGGCCACAGUGAACAAGAGUAAGAUGAAUGUCAAAAACAAGAAACAAGUAGUGAAGAAAUGCUCUAACUCAGUCACAGCGAACAAGAGUACGACGAAUUUCUUCAAGGAUGCCGAGACGUCAGAGGAUGAAUCUAAGACAACUUCGCAUGACUCCACUAAAACUCCAUCAAAUAAUUCAUCAGACAAUGAUAGUGAUGUAACUUCGUCUAUGUUUAGGAAGCAAGGAAACAAUCUGGUUGGAGGAACAAAUAUGUUUUCAGGGAGCCUGCAAGAUAUCCUAAGAAGCUCAAAAAGUUACAAGGUGGCGAAACUUACAGCUUCUCAAUCACAACCCGAAGAAUUCGUGGAUUUUGUCCCGGAUAGCCAAUUCAACUAAGUUUUAUCUAAUAUCCUUUUGGAUCCAAUUUUGACCAAAACCUGGAAAAGAUGCUUAAAUCUUCCAAUCACGGUUUUGCUUUUUCUAAGUAAUAUUGGUACGCUGCUUCUCUGACAUUUUAUGUCAAUCAGGAGUGCUUCAACAUGUUAAAUCAGUAAUCACCUAUAAUCUUCCGAAGAAUCAAUGGUAAAAAUCAAAUAUAUUUUGUGU